AUGUCGUCGCGGAUUCUAUCCCUCGCGCGUCGCUCCCAGAAACUUACUGUUCGCGUGCUCAGGCCCACCAAACCUUCCCCUCCUCGAUCUCUAAACAUCAACCAACUCCCCACAGAUAAAAUCGGAAUGGUUGUCGCCACGAUCAAAUGUGUUGUUGUUGGUGAUGGUGCAGUUGGAAAGACGUGCUUGCUCAUCUCUUACACCACCAACAAAUUCCCCUCAGAAUAUGUCCCCACAGUCUUUGACAACUAUGCAGUGACGGUAAUGAUUGGUGAUGAGCCUUACACCCUCGGACUUUUCGAUACUGCCGGACAAGAAGAUUAUGAUCGAUUGAGACCUCUGUCUUAUCCUCAAACUGAUGUCUUCCUUGUUUGCUUCUCCGUCACUUCUCCAGCUUCAUUUGAAAACGUUCGAGAGAAAUGGUUCCCCGAAGUUCACCACCAUUGCCCUGGAGUUCCAUGUCUGAUUGUUGGUACUCAAACCGAUCUUCGAGAUGACCCUUCCGUACGAGAGAAAUUAUCCAAGCAAAAGAUGCAACCGGUUCGAAAAGAAGACGGAGAGAGAAUGGCCAAGGACUUGGGAGCAAUCAAAUAUGUCGAAUGCAGCGCACUGACACAGUACAAACUGAAAGACGUGUUUGAUGAAGCCAUUGUUGCUGCAUUAGAACCUCCCCCAAAGAAGAGUUCGAAGAAAUGCACGAUACUCUGA